AUGAUAUCACAAGAGCUGAGCACGGGGCCUCCGGAUGCCACCCAGGCAGUGACCUUCACCAACGAGAGCCUGGGCAGCCCCUCCUCCCCCUUCAUCUUGAGUGGCUUGCCCGGCCUGGAAGCUGCCCACUUCUGGCUGGCCUUCCCCCUGUGCGCCAUGUACGUGGUGGCCCUGGUGGGCAACUCCAUCGUGGUGCUGGUGAUUAAAGCCGAGCCGAGGCUCCACACGCCCAUGUACCUCUUCCUGGGGAUGCUGGCAGGGGUGGACCUGGUCCUGGCCUCCUGCACGAUGCCCAGGGUCCUUUCCCUCCUUUGGCUGGACUCCAAGGAGAUCGCCUACGGGACCUGCCUCCUCCAGAUGUUCCUCAUCCACUCCCUCUCGGGCAUGGAGUCCACCAUCCUCUUGGCCAUGGCCGUGGACCGCUACGUGGCCAUCUGCCGCCCGCUCCAGUACUCCACCAUCCUCACCAACUCUGUGGCGGUCAAAGUGGGCGCGGUGGCCUUGGUGAGGGGGCUGGUCUUCUUCCUUCCGCUGCCCUUCCUCCUCAGCCGCCUCUCCUUCUGCCCCUCCAGGCCCCUCCACCAUUCCUACUGCCUCCACCAAGACAUGAUGAAUCUGGCCUGCGACAAGCAGAAGCUGAACAUGAACAUCGUCUACGGCCUGAUCGCCAUCAGCCUGGUGAUGGGCCUGGACUUCCUGCUCAUCCUCGUCUCCUACCUGCUGAUCCUGAAGGCCGUCCUGCGGCUGAGCUCCUGGGAGCAGCGCCUCCGGGCCUCCGGCACCUGCCUGGCCCACCUGUGCAUGGUCCUGGCUUUCUACGUGCCCCUGAUCAGCCUCUCCGUCAUCCACCGGUACGGGCCAGAUGUGUCUCCUCUGCUCCAGGCCGUCACCAGCAACAUCUACCUCCUGGUUCCCCCCGUGCUCAACCCCAUUGUCUAUGGGGCCAGGACCAGAGACAUCCGGAAGCGGGCCUUGAGGUACAUGCGGCUGAGCAGGAACAGGGAGCCUCGCUGA